AUCAAGGCAACGGCGAGGAAAAGAACAAAGAAGAUAAAAAGGAAGGGGACGCAUGCGAAAAGGAGCAAGACUCGCAAUCCGCCAUGGAUGGUGCUGCGGUUUUAAAACCUCUGCUCCCUUCUCUCCGUCCCUCCCCAAAACACGUUCCUCUGUUCCCCUUGACGGGCCCCGGUUCGUCGCUGCGGUUAGCGAGGAGGAAGGAGAAAAGGCAAGACUUUGCCCUCUCAGUUGCCUUCAAUCCUUCUGGAAAUUUCAAUCUCUCCCCUUUCGACUACGAGGACGAUUCGAACAGAGUCGCGCCUCCGAUGCCUCCGGUAGAAGGCCGGUUCGAAGUCAUCAUCGAUAACAAUUCCGUUCAAAGGCUCGACUUGUCCCCGUUUCAGACGGCCACUGGCAUUACCUUGCCUUCUUCAGCUAAACCCAAGGAGUUUCUGGAGCGAACAAUCGGAUUUACGAUAAAUUACGAGAGAGGGGAGGCAGAGGAUCCGCGUGAGCUGUCGGAAUUCCCAGAGAUAAGGCUGUGGUUCGUGAGGCUUGAUGCUCUCUAUCCGUGGCUGCCGGUUUUGCUUGACUGGCGUGCCGGUGAACUUGCUCGUUACGCCGCCAUGUUAGUCCCUCACCAGAUGAGCCUGAGAAUGGGUGUCGUUUUUAACCCGGAGGCGUUGGAGUUGUUCGUCAUGAAGAAAGUGUUCGUCGUUUAUUCGUGGCUGAAACAACAUGAUGUCCCGAAGCCGAGGUUGAAGACGGGCGACAUGGCCAGGAUGCUCGGCUUUGGGGUCGGAGAUGAACUCUUCGACCUCAUUGAUCAAGACCCUCCCGAUGCUUAUUGACUCCUACUUUCCUUUGCAUUUUACAUACACUUGUAUGGACUUCCACAUUUAGAUGCAUAAAAGGAGCGGACUUUAUGUGCG